AAAUUCAGAUGCUUCCGCCACAUGUAAACUCUGCAACAAGAAUCUGAAAACAUCAGGUAACACCUCGAAUCUUCGCUGCCACAUUGAGAAAGUUCACAAACAGAUAUUACUAGAAACACAAUCAAGUGAUAAAGCAGAAUGCUCCUCUGAAGCUAUUCCACACACGCAACCGAAACCACAAAAAAUUUCUGAAAUUAUUAGCAUUGCGCCAACACCUUCGCCACUUCUUAGUGAGGUAUCUGAGAGUACAAAUGAGGAGACAGCAUGUAUUAUCAUUGAAUCUCAGCCUACGACAUGUACUCCGUCAGUAUCAGGCAGUAAACCGAAAUCUCAGUUGCCUACGGCAGCACUGAUCCAACCAAAUGUCAAAGACUUCUUCGAGCAAGUUAAGAGCAUUUCUUCUCAAGACGGUACUAGGUCAAGGAAAAUCACUGAAGCAAUCGUCAAGUUCAUUAUAAUGGACAACAAACCAUUUUCCACGGUAGAAGGAAAUGGUUUUCUACAGCUAAUGAAAGAAGUGGUUCCGCUCUAUAAAGUCCCAAGCAGGGAGACAAUAAAAUUGCGCGUGGAUGAAAAAUACGAAGCGUUAUCAUGCAUUUUCAAAGAGCACAUUCGUAAAUGCGAAAGUUACUGUCUAACGUAUGACGUAUGGACAGAGACAAUGAAAAAUCAGUCGUUCCUUGGGGUAACAAUCUAUUUACUGGAUAAUUUACGUCUGUUAAGUGGAACAUUAGGCGUACUUGAACUACACGAAAGUCACACCGCUGCUUCUUUAGGAGAACAUUUGUCUCGGCUUUUUAUCGAGUGGAACGUAUCCACAGAUAAAGUUUCUGCUUGCGUAACAGAUAACGACAGCACUAUGAUGAAAUUGAAUAGAAACUUGUUUGGUGACAAAAAAAUAAUUCCCUGCUUCGCACACACGCUUAAUUUGGUUGUCACUCAGGCAAUAGAUAAGUCAACGGAAGUGUCAGCUUUGAUCAGUAAGGUGCGGGACAUUGUUAAGUUUAUUAAAAGAAGCGGUAACGCCAGUGAUGAAUUGCGAAAGAAACAAAUAGAUGCCGGGGCUUCUGAAGAGCGGUUUGUCCAGUUAGCAUCUAUUUUAAGUGAAGUACUGCUCACUCGCCCAGAAGCACCCUCUAUGGUAACUGGCUCUGAUCUGAACAAUAUCAAGGAGGUGAUUGAGUUAUUAAAGUCGUUUGAAAUUGUUACUAGGGAGAUUUCUGCGGAUACCUAUGUUACCGUUAGCAAAGUGAUACCGCUGGUAAGUUCUAUAAGUGAAGCUCUGAUAACAAUUUCGCCCCGAGAUGCCAUCGUAGUGGAGCUAAAAAAUGAACUGCGAAAGAAUAUGAACAAACGAUUUGAUAAACUUGAACUUAAUUCGAUUCUGGCGUUGGCAACUACGUUAGAUCCGAGAUUCAAAUUAUUGCAUUUUAAAGAUCCUCUGGCUAAAAGCAAAACAGUUUUUUAUUUUAACAGUUCUAUACGAGAUGGAAAGAAUGACGCUGGUACGUCUGAAUCUUCAAAUGAGUAUGAAAAAGAAGAGCAAUCUUUUGAUAUUUGGAUACAUCAUAAACAUUUGGCUCACCAGAAUAUAAAAUCUAAACAGUCCAAUUUAUCUACAAUCACAACAACGGAAGUUGAAGUGCAAAUGUACCUAGGAUCAGCUGUUGCUCCUAUUAACCAAAAUCCAAUUGAAAUGUGGGAUGACAUGAAAAGAAAAAUGUAA